AUGAUGUUAUACCGUGUGUUGUAUUUACUGACUUUGCUGCUAAGUAUUGAUUCUGUGUGUGUGGCCUCUGAAGAGGUUCCUGGUACAGGCGUACAACUGCAAAGGGGUGAGACAGGCCCUGUUGGUCCUGCUGGUCCUUGUUCUUCUGGUCCUGAGUGUCCUUCUGCUCGUAGUGAAGAUGAAGAUUCUCGUACUGAUUGUGCGGAAGCUGCUAAGAAGAAUUGUCCUUCCGAGAGUGGUGACGUCCAAGAGAAUUGUCUUGGUGAUUCUGUUCCUCCAUGCAAACCUACAAAGGAACCGGCUCCAACUUCACCAAAGGAACCGGCUCCAACUUCACCAAAGGAACCAGCAAAUCAUCCACCAAAAGAAACCGCUAAAGGUCAACAAGAGGUUCUAGAUCCAUCUAGUGAACACUCUGGUUCUGCUGCUAUUGUGAAUCGAACUGGUGGUGGUGGUUCUUCUUCUGUUCAUCCUGAGGAACCUCCUCUCACUGCUGCUUCUUCUUCUUCUGCUGAGGAGAGUGUUGUUCCGACUGAAGGUGGCAGACAAGCUGGAGGCAACGGCAGCAGUGCAGCAGGUGAAGGUGCAGCAGAUAAUGCGAAUGCUGAGGCAACACAACCUUCUUCUUCUUCCACCAGCAGUUCAGAGAGAGAUAAUGCAAGUGGUUCUGAUACUGCAAACGCUGGAAAUGGCACUACUUCUCCACAGGAUGAACCUCAAAGUAACUCAUCUGAUGAGGGAAAUACAGAAACAACACCCACUACCACCACAACACUUCCUCCUGAACUCACAAACAACAAGAAGGGUGAUGCAGACAGCAGCAGCAGUAUCAGUUCUGUGUGGGUGCGUGUACCACUACUGAUUGUGGUUACACUGGCCUGUAUUCUUGUGUGCUGA